CCCAAGUAUAUAAUGUUGGGUCAAGUGUAAGUUGAAAGAUAGUCAGCAGCAACAUACCCCAUAGCCAACAUGUCUGCCAGGAGGAUAAUGGCGGCUGUGGCAGCUAUAAUGGCGGUGACAUGGGCGGCUGGCGGGGUGUGGGUGGCAGCGGAGGGGGAGGCUGAGAGAUUUUUCCUCAGGCCUCCCUCCUUGUUGUCCAAUCUCCAGGCACAGAUGAAACCUUUACUGACCGCCCACAUGAACUUCGGCCCAGAGCCCAGAACAGACACAAGGACGGAAGUGACGUGUGGGGAGGAGUCAGUUGCCAGAGUGACGGUCUGGCAGAACACCCACUACCCCCAGGGUGAAGGUUACCUGCCUGGCCUCUGUACCCUCACCCUCAACCCCCAGCAGGAUACUUGUGCCCUCAGGAUUAACUUUGACGACCUGACGUUCAACAGCACCUCCGACACCUCGUAUGGUCACCACGGCUGUGCCCACAACAGUCCCUCCUUCAAGAUGUCUUAUGAUCACUGCGUCUCACCCGUCUUGUGUACUGACCUCACGGGCUAUGAAGGUAUCCUGGAGGUGGUGUCCCCGGGUAAGAAGAUGCCUCUGGUUCUCCUGCUGGAGCUGGACCCAAAACGUGAAUUCAAGUUCCGUCUCACUAUCACUACCGUCUCUUGUGAUGACGUCAAGCCGUAUAAGUCUCCCAGUAUCUGUGGCAUCAAGAACGACAUGACCAACCCCCCCACCACCACCACCCACUCUGACCUCAGCUACGACCACCGUUUUGCCUCAGUCAAAGCGUUUGCAGCUGACCAAAACGAGACACUAUUGGCUAGGAGUAUAUCUGUCCACGCUGGCCAACACCGUGAACCCAGAGGCCGCAAGAGACCGAAUAAGUUAGAUAUUGCGCGUAGGAGGUCCGUCGUCAAGAAGUUAAGAAAUAAAAGCGACAUUCUUUCUCAGUCACUAGCUUCGGGCAUUGAGACAGGGCUGGUGAGGGUGUCCUCGGCGGGGCGACAACAGCACCGACUACAGGGCAUGGAACCAGACAUAGGAGAGUGGCCUUGGAUGGUGGUGAUCGAGAGGAGGAAGGUGACACCCAACCCAAUGAUGUACAUGAAAGAGGAGGAACAGAAGGAGUUGAAGCCCUGUACCGGGGUGUUGGUGGACCGCAGUCACGUCCUUACAUCAGCUACCUGUUUUAUAGAUCCUUACAGAGAUGUGUCGGUAAGGGUGGCAGGUCUAAGGGUGCUGGUGGGUGAUCAUGACUACAACAGAGAGGAUGAGACAGUCCACCUACCCAUUGACGUCUCUAAAGUCACCUUCCCUCUCACCUUUGACCACAAAUCUUCGAGUCAUAAUCUGGCCGUGCUGACCCUCGCCACCCCUGUCCACUACACUAUAAAUAUCCGACCUAUUUGUCUACCUGUGCAUUAUAACUCCUUCCCGAGGCAAGAUGGCGUGGUGUCAGGGUGGAGCAGUGAGCCUAGUGACUACGGCAACAGUCACCAGUCCUCCCUUAUGGUGGCUGAUGUAGAGGUGCUGAGUGACAUUGAGUGUUGGGAGGCCCUCGCUACCCUACCCUUCCCCAGCGACUACCUCAGGAGCAAGUUUGACGAGAGGAACUUCAUGUGUGCAACCAAACUUGAAUAUACGUAUCCUGUGUGUCUGUUCAGCUCUGGGGUGCCACUGGUCAGGAGAGAUCGUCGUGGGUCAUACUACGUGGUGGGCAUCAACGCUGAGAGCACCUUGUGUGGGGCGGACUUCCCUGACCUCUUCACCCGCAUCAUCCAAGAUUCAUCCUUCCUCAACAUCGCCCUCCUCUGAGAAGCCACACCACUAGUAUAACAACAUGUACAGUCAGUAGCUUCCACUUACACCUGGUACAGUAACUGGCGCGUUUUGAAAGAUGUGGCACCUCUCUGAAAUAUCUACAGUAUCUAACAUCUUUAGUCUGGGCCAUUCCAGGAGUUUUAAUACGAUGUAAACAAACACAGACCUGCCACAUCUCACAACGCACAGCAGCCAGUGUACCAGAUAUAAAUGCAAACAACUGUACUUAUUCGUUUACAGAGGAUAAAAAAAAUCACCUGAAUUAUAAUCCUACAUAAGUACACAUUGUGGUAUAGUGUGACAACUAGUGUUUGUUUUUAAAUAUAUUCCUGACAGAUCAUGGAAAGGCCUUUGUCGGAAUGUCUGUUCGGGAAGAAUCCUUAAGUAUCUGUAGAAGUUAGAAGCAUAAGUUGAUUUAAUAACAUUCAUUGACUUUUUUCGUCUUUUUGAUCAAGGGUAAAUAUGGUGUUUGUGUGUUAUUUAUUUUGGGGUUAUGUUGUAGAUAUUUAGGACAGGAUAAAGCAUGAGAAAACUUAAUGGAAACUCUUAAGCACGUUUUAUUAUUGUUGUUAUUUUCACCUGAUAAUUAUUUAUGUCCUCGGCAUUUCUUCUUAUUCAACAAUUAUUGUAUAUAGGUCAUCUAGGGACGAUGGCUGAGUGGUACAAUGCUCGCCGUCUGACUCAAUGGUCGUUGGUUCGUUUACUCUUCACCUGACACUUGAGUAGGAGCCCCAAGUCUAAAUUUGUUGUUGUAUAAAUAAUGGUGGAAUUAGUUAGUUAUGGUAAAGGAAUUCAUAAGUUAAAUCGGUUAUUGUUGUACACCGAUGUUAUUUUGUUUUUGGUGUUUACUCAUGGAUGAUGGGAAACGGAUAGACAGUCAGUCACCACACGGCCGUCACACUGUCAACACGACCGUCUCUCAGCAGAACCAGUGACUACAAUUAUUCUUAUAUAACCGGUAUGUGUAUUACAGUCCAGUUGAAUUGGUCAUUACCGAGUAGAUAUUCAUAAAAUUGGUCAUAACUCUUAUAGAACCAACUUUUAUGCCAUACAAGUUAAUAAUUAUUGUUAGAAACUGGAAAAUUAUAUAAAAAAAAAAAUAUA